AUGGCGGAAGCUGUCAGCUCGAGCAGGGACUGCCUCCAAGCAGGCGAGUCCUGCACCAACGACCCCAUCUGCAGCUCCAAAUUCAGGACCCUCCGGCAAUGCAUCGCAGGCAACGGAGCCAACAAGCUGGGCCCCGACGCCAAGAACCAGUGCCGGAGCACGGUGACGGCCCUGCUCUCCAGCCAGCUCUACGGCUGCAAGUGCAAGCGGGGCAUGAAGAAGGAGAAGCACUGCUUGAGCGUCUACUGGAGCAUCCACCACACGCUGAUGGAAGGCAUGAACGUACUGGAGAGUUCUCCUUACGAGCCAUUCAUCAGGGGCUUUGAUUACGUCCGGCUGGCCUCCAUCACGGCAGGCUCUGAGAACGAGGUGACCCAGGUGAACCGCUGCCUGGACGCUGCCAAAGCCUGCAAUGUAGACGAGAUGUGCCAGCGGCUGCGAACCGAGUACGUCUCCUUCUGCAUCCGUCGCCUGGCCCGGGCCGACACCUGCAACCGCUCCAAGUGCCACAAGGCCCUGCGCAAGUUCUUCGACCGUGUGCCGCCCGAGUACACCCACGAGCUGCUCUUCUGCCCCUGCGACGACACGGCCUGCGCCGAGCGCCGGCGGCAGACCAUCGUUCCCGCCUGCUCCUACGAGUCCAAGGAGAAACCCAACUGCCUGGCGCCCCUGGACUCCUGCCGGGAGAACUACGUCUGCAGGUCGCGCUACGCAGAGUUCCAGUUCAAUUGCCAGCCGUCCCUGCAGGCUGCGAGCGGCUGCCGGCGGGACAGCUAUGCUGCCUGUCUGCUGGCAUACACCGGCAUCAUAGGCAGCCCCAUCACUCCCAACUACAUUGACAACUCGACCUCCAGCAUAGCCCCCUGGUGCACGUGCAAUGCUAGUGGCAACCGGCAGGAAGAGUGCGAGAGCUUUCUGCGUCUCUUCACUGACAACAUCUGUCUCCAAAACGCCAUCCUGGCCUUUGGCAAUGGGACCUACCUGAACGCAGCUGUGGCCCCAUCCAUCCCCCCCACCACACAGAUGUACAAGCAGGAGCGAAACGCCAACAGAGCUGUGGCAACCCUCAGAGAGAACAUCUUCGAGCACCUCCAGCCGACCAAGGUGGCCGGAGAGGAGCGGCUCCUGCGGGGCUCCACUCACCUGUCCUCAGAGGCCUCCAGCCCAGCAGCUCCGUCCCUCCGGGCAGCCUCCCCGCUGCACUCAUGGCUUCUCCCCACUCUGGCCAUGCUGAGCCUCCUGGUGAUGUGAGGCAGGGCGGGCACACGCCAGGCAGUGACUCUCUUUGUGUUGGUUUCUCUAAAAAAACAACCAGACAAGUAACUUUUCUUGGGGGGUGGGCUGGGGAGGAGGGAGGGGAUGGGAAGGAGAGGUGAGCGUGUAGGCCCUUCCUCCUCCUCGCCCGUCUGCCAAUUUCUUUGGUUUUAUACAAUCAGCAUUGUCAACAACCAGCUCAUUCUUGGUCCUGGCCACCUUUCACCCCACAAGCUCGGUUGUUGUCUCUCCAGCUCCCUGCGGAUUGGGGUGGAAGCCACAGACAAUUCCCUUGGAAAAGCUGAAGGAGAGAGUUGAGUCAAGAAAUGAGAGCUGCAGAGGAAAAGCUUUUGCCUGCCCCAGCCAAGAGGGGAAAGACUUUUGCUGGCUGAGCUGCCAGGAGGUUUCCUGGAGCCCUGCCUCAUGGCAUGGGGCCCAUGGCAGGACAAGUCAAUGAUGUGUGGUUCAGACCAUCUCCAGGGUUGGGUCUGGGACCCAAAGGGCAGCCCACCUGGUUCGGAGUGAAGACACCAGAGCUGCUGGUGAGAAGGUGGUUGGGCUUGUUCUCCAGAAAGGAUCCUGAAGCACCUUGGGGUGGUGUAAGUGGCCACACACCAAACUGGCUCCAUGGUCCAUCCAUCCAUGUGCAACAGGCAUGCCUCGAUAGCUGCCACCUGCCCCUCAGGCCCUCCUGUCUGGGAAACAUGUCAUAUACCAAUGGUGUUCAGGAAGAGACACGCGUGGUGUUUUGUUUAUGGCUGCCUUUCUUCAUGUCCCAACCCUAGCAUCGCUAUUUACUGAUCCCGUGAGGUGUUUGGGGUAGGUAUUUUUUCAUUAUGAAAGUCAGGGGCCAAUGUCAGCCCAGUCCGCGCCUUCUCUGUGCAGGGUAAAUUUGAUCCCAUGGAUAGGGCUCUAUAGGGGUGCAACACAGCCCAUCCUCACGAGCUACCUGAGCAUCAUUUGGUCUGGCAGAGAGACUUCACUUGGGGGACAUCAUUAUCUUUGCAAGGGAGGGAGAGGAUACAAGAGGUUUGCUAGCUACCACCAUGGGGACAGAAAGAUCCAGCCAGUCUCCAGAAAAGUCAAGGCAUAAAUCACAUCACCAGUAGGACUGCUGCAGUUCCCCUCCUUGAAGAGGUGCUGGAGGAACUCGCUUGUGUCCAGGUUGGCUCGUGAAGGACAAUGGCCCUGUCAAGUGUCAACUGCUGAGCCACAAGGUGGUUGAAGCCAAGGCUGGUGCUUGACCCACCCAGAGGGAGGGACGGUGAGGACAAACCUUGCCCUGGUUGCUCAGGGCACAAGAAGGCAAAUGUGUGGCCUUGGGGUUUGUGAUAGCUCGGGGGUCUUCCCCUGAGGAGGUGAGCUGAGGUCUCCCUGCGCCUUUCGGGGAGCUGAACCCCUUGCUAGAUCCAGCCGAUGAAGAAGAUGGGAAGGAAGGGUGGGAAGGUUUCCCAGGAUAAAUGCUUACCCAGGUUGAUGGCCACGGGGAGGCACAGGAGUAGCUCCAGGUUUUCCUCAUGAGCUUUGCAGCAGCCUGUUCACUCCUUGGUUUAUGCUUCCCCAAGGAACAACACUAGUCCUUUAUCAUAUGGAUGCAUGGAAAGCUUAGCAGCAGCUGGCAUGGCAAAGUCCAGUGCUUUUUAUUCCCAUUCCCUGCAGAACACUUUCCAUUGCUUUAAUACUUAGACUUCGCUGAGAAACUGCAAAGGUGAGAAACCUUUGGGUUUUGGUCCAAUAUAAGCCCAUUCUCGUUUCCAGAUGAACAUCUAUGGAUGCACAGAAACCCUCCUGGCUGCAUCCUCUCUGAAGGUCUGCACCUGGGAGGUCCUCGGGGCUGUAGCACCUGGCUGUCCUAGUCCAGGACCAUGAAAAGGGUCCUGGAAUAUGCUGAGAUCCAAGUUGUGCGUGCCAGGCACCAGGCUGAGCUGAAAUGUUGAAAACCUCCCCUGCCGGGACGCUCACCCAGUGCCAGAAAUGCAUCUGGGGAGGUCGUGGCACAGACCCCAAAUCCCUGACCUCCCUUCAGAGCAUCAUAGCCAGGCGCUGAGCUGCUGCAGAUAUUUCCCCCUUAUCCAGGGCAUCGGUGUCCCCAGCCAAUGUGUCUCCCCAAGGAGAGCAGCCUUCUGCUGCUCUCCUUGUCUGCCCUGCUGCUCCACAGUCCUGGCCUCAGCAAGGUGGGUCUCCACCAUCCUUCAACCUCCUUGCAGGGGCUGAGUCUCGGGGUGGGGAGGUUACAGGGGGUGGCUGCUUUCCAGGAGUGCCCCCUCCUGCAGCUCCACUCUUGUGUCUUAUCGCUGGCAGUGGUAUUGAAAUGCCCUUUCCUUUGCCCUUUCCUUCGCCCUUUCCUUCUCUGAUAAACAACCAGCAGAAGCAGACUUUUCCUAGUUGGCCAGGAUAGAUGGCAAGCCAGCUUCACCUCUCCUUUAACGCUGGCAAGCUGUGAGAUGCAGAUGUGGAGAACAUAACACACUGCUAGGGACGGAGGAGACCUCCAGGGGUCACCUGCUCCAUGGCCACGUCCCACGGCAGGAUCCUCUCCGUUUACACUUUCUGGCAGAUUUCUCUCGAUCUGUUUCUAACCGUUCCACUGACAGACGUGUUGGCAUCUCCUCUGGAUUUCUAUCACGCUUUAAAGACUUUUUAGGAUGUUAGCUGUCCCUAGGCACUGCAGGCCAAAGAGACUCUCGAUUCCCAUUGCGGGCUAUUCUCAUGUCCUCAGUUUUGGGAGGACGGCAGAAGUGCCCCCAGGCUGUGGAAGGCGACAGCCAACCCCCGUGGAUCGGAUCACGGAGACUUUGCUUGGGGAGGCUGAAAAAAUGGUAAAGGUCUGUAGGGAUCCCUGCCAAAACCAGACAGUGGGUUUGUGUAAAUGGGUGUCUGCUGGGGGGAGGGGGGGGUGUCUUCGUUGUGGUCUUGGUGGAGGGGUCUGAAAAGCAGAGCUGGUGUUGCAGGUCUGAAAUGGCCUCGUUGUCCUUGUCCUUUGCCCUGUGCUGGGGAUUUGGAAGCUGAACCCCCAAAGCCAUGCCCCAGGCCAGCUCCUGCUCCCCCUGGGCUCUGGGGAUGCUCCAAGAUGAAGCGAGGCAGGAGCAGCGAGCCUCCACACAGCAGGGAAAGGCCAGCGGUUGGGGUGGGUGGUGUUGUGUAGAGAUCAAAAAUAAAUAAAUCCAAAAACCUGCAUGAAUUUUCCUGACCAUUUCACCCUUUUUGCCAAUAUUUAAUGUCCACUCUUUUCCUCCAAGUGCAUUCACAAAUGAAAAUUUGCAAAAAAAAAGAUGUUUUUUGAGGAGUCCUUGGGGAGGUAGGAGACCUGAUUACAUCCCCCCAACAUGAGGGCACAGACCAUUUGUUUUCCCUUGUGAAAAGGGAAUUUUUUGGAAGAACUUUCAACUCUUUUGACCACUAAGAAGAGAACUCCGGAUCUUCAUUUUUAAGCUUCUUGACGGACCACAGAAGCCACAGCAGCUGUUUGUAAAGGGAAAGGACUGAGCGAGCCGAGAGAGACAGGGAGAUGACUUGUUAGGAAUCACUCCACACCUGGGGACUUCCAUAAGCACAAAGAAGAAAAAUGGGGGGAAAAAAAAUAAUCAACCAGCCAAACGCUCUGUAGCCACUGAACUCUCUUUCUGUGGCAUCGUUCGCAGUGGUUUGGCAGUUCCUCGCGUCCUGAAGGCCUGUGAGAUGUUGUGUGUGUACAAACACCACGUCGUGGUCAAAGCAAGAGCACGAGCAGGGAAGGAAAACGGUGCUGGAGCAAUAACCCCGCGGGUGGCAGGGUGAAACUGGUGUGUGUGCGCACCGAGGGGAGGAUGGGUGGUGUCUGCCUGUACGACCCGGGUAUAGCCUGUACUUAUCUCUUCUGUACAAGUCAAUAUUCAAACAUAUCCAUGAAUAAAGCACACAUGCAUUUUCCUGA